AUGAUACACAGUUCCAGUGAAUCACAUUUCGGUCUUUUGUUUACCUUAGAAGGUAUUCAUGGGUUGAAAAGUACAUGCAAAUUAAAUUACAUAACCAUUAACGCUUUCUUACCCGUAACUAAGAAUAGCAAUAAUAUUAGCAAUAAUAGAAAUAAUAAUAUUAGAAAUACCAAUAAUGAUAAUAGUAAUAUUAGUAAUAAUGACAACAAUAAAUACUUUUCUAAGUUGGAUGAAAGUCUGUAUGAAGAAUGGGGAGUCAAAUUAUUGUGGAACUCGAAACCUUUCUCCUUAAUGAAACUACCAUUUAACCCUCAAAAGAUGGACCCCUUUUUAAGUGAAGAGGCAAUUAAAUAUCACUACAGCAAACAUCAUGCUACAUAUGUGAAGAAUUUAAAUAAUUUAACUGAACAACACAACGAACUGAGAAACUUAACUUUAGAGGAAGUAAUAGAAAAAUACACAGGCCCUAUUUACAACAAUGCUGCCCAAACUUUUAAUCAUAAUUUAUUUUGGUUGGGACUGAAAGAAGAGGGUGGAGGAAAACCAUAUGGUGAAAUAAAAAACAAAAUUGAGGACUCCUUUACCUCUUUUGAAAACUUCAAGGAAGUGUUUUUGAAGGAAGCGUCAGGUCACUUUGGAAGUGGCUGGGUAUGGUUAAUAAUAAAAGACAAAAAAUUAAAAAUUUAUCAAGGGCAUGAUGCGGAUAACCCUAUAAAGAAUAAUAUCGGACGACCAAUUCUGACCUUAGAUGUAUGGGAGCAUGCAUACUAUGUCGACUACAAAAAUUCCAGAGUUGAUUACAUAAAAGAGUGGUUUAAUAAAAUAAACUGGGAUUUUGCCAAUUACAAUUUGUCUAUCAUAAACUGA